AUGGUUGCUUUCACUAUUGAACAAAUCCGUGACUUGAUGGACAAGGUUGCCAAUGUGCGUAACAUGUCCGUCAUUGCUCACGUUGAUCACGGUAAAUCCACUUUGACUGAUUCCUUGGUUCAAAAAGCUGGUAUUAUUUCAGCCGGUAAAGCUGGUGAAGCCAGAUUCAUGGAUACUAGAAAAGAUGAACAAGAAAGAGGUAUUACAAUUAAAUCUACUGCUAUUUCUUUAUAUGCUUCCAUGAACGAUGAAGAUGUUAAAGACAUCAAACAGAAAACCGACGGUAACUCGUUUUUGAUCAACUUGAUCGAUUCCCCAGGUCACGUUGAUUUCUCAUCAGAAGUCACUGCUGCUUUGAGAGUUACCGAUGGUGCUUUAGUUGUUGUUGAUACCGUCGAAGGUGUUUGUGUUCAAACCGAAACCGUUUUGAGACAAGCUUUGGGUGAAAGAAUUAAACCAGUUGUUAUUAUCAACAAGGUUGACAGAGCUUUGUUGGAAUUGCAAGUUACCAAAGAAGAUUUAUACCAGUCCUUCUCUAGAACUGUUGAGUCAGUCAAUGUUAUUAUCUCUACUUAUGUUGAUCAAUCUUUGGGUGACUGUCAAGUCUUCCCAGAUAAAGGAACAGUUGCUUUCGGUUCCGGUUUACAUGGUUGGGCUUUCACUAUUAGACAGUUUGCUAACAAGUACUCCAAGAAAUUUGGUGUUGACAAAACAAAAAUGAUGGAAAGAUUAUGGGGAGACUCAUUCUUUAACCCAAAGACUAAGAAAUGGACCAACAAGGACAAAGAUGCAGAUGGAAAACCAUUAGAAAGAGCUUUCAACAUGUUUGUUUUGGACCCAAUUUUCAGAUUGUUUGCCGCUAUUAUGAACUUCAAGAAGGCUGAAAUUCCAACUUUAUUGGAAAAGUUAGAAAUCAAUUUGAAGUCAGAUGAAAGAGAAUUGGAAGGUAAAGCAUUAUUGAAAAUAGUUAUGAGAAAAUUCUUGCCAGCUGCUGAUGCUUUGUUGGAAAUGAUUGUUUUGCACUUGCCAUCUCCUCUUACUGCUCAAAAAUACAGAGCUGAAACUUUAUAUGAAGGUCCAUCAGAUGAUCAAUUCUGCAACUCCAUUAGAAACUGUGACCCAAAUGCAGACUUGAUGUUGUAUGUGUCUAAGAUGGUUCCUACUUCUGAUAAAGGUAGAUUCUAUGCUUUCGGAAGAGUCUUUGCUGGUACUGUUAAGUCAGGUCAAAAAGUUAGAAUCCAAGGUCCAAACUACCAAGUUGGUAAAAAAGAAGACUUGUUCUUGAAAUCUAUUCAAAGAACUGUUUUGAUGAUGGGUGGUAAAGUUGAACAGAUUGAUGACUGUCCUGCAGGUAACAUUGUUGGUUUAGUUGGUAUUGAUCAGUUUUUGUUGAAAUCUGGUACCCUUACCACUAACGAAGCCGCACACAACUUGAAAGUUAUGAAAUUCUCAGUCUCACCAGUUGUGCAGGUUGCUGUUGAAGUUAAGAACGCUAACGAUUUGCCCAAAUUGGUUGAAGGUUUAAAGAGAUUGUCCAAAUCCGAUCCAUGUGUUUUGACCUCUAUGUCUGAAUCAGGUGAACAUAUUGUUGCUGCUACUGGUGAAUUACAUUUGGAAAUUUGUAUAUCGGAUUUGGAAAACGACCAUGCUGGUAUUCCAAUCAGGGUUUCAAAACCAGUUGUUGCUUAUAGAGAAACUGUUCAAACCGAAUCAUCAAUGGUUGCUUUAUCCAAGUCACCAAACAAGCAUAAUAGAAUUUACGUUAAAGCUCAACCAAUCGAUGAAGAAGUUUCCUUGGACAUUGAGAACGGUGUCAUCAACCCAAGAGAUGAUUUCAAAGCUAGAGCUAGAAUCUUGGCUGACAAGCACGGUUGGGACGUCACUGAUGCUAGAAAGAUUUGGUGUUUUGGUCCAGAUGGUAACGGUCCUAACAUGGUUAUUGAUCAAACCAAGGCUGUUCAAUACUUGAACGAAAUUAAGGACUCUGUUGUUGCCGCUUUCCAAUGGGCAACCAAGGAAGGUCCUAUUCUCGGUGAAAAUGUUAGAUCCGUUAGAGUUAACAUUUUGGAUGUUACAUUGCACGCAGAUGCUAUUCACAGAGGUGGUGGUCAAAUCAUCCCAACAAUGAGAAGAGCCACUUAUGCUUCGAUGUUACUAGCUGAGCCAGCCAUUCAAGAGCCAGUCUUCUUGGUUGAAAUUCAAUGUCCAGAAAACGCCAUUGGUGGUAUUUACUCAGUCUUGAACAAAAAGAGAGGUCAAGUUAUUUCUGAAGAGCAAAGACCAGGUACCCCAUUGUUCACCAUUAAAGCAUACUUGCCAGUCAAUGAGUCCUUUGGUUUUACGGGUGAAUUGAGACAAGCCACUGGUGGUCAAGCUUUCCCACAAUUGAUUUUCGACCAUUGGUCAGUCUUGAGCGGUGAUGUUAGAGACCCAGCAACCAAACCAGGUUUGAUUGUUAAGGAGAAGAGAGAAAGACAAGGAAUGAAGCCGGAGGUUCCAGGUUACGAAGAGUAUUACGACAAAUUAUAA